AAUUAAAUUAAUUUUUUAAUUUCACAUAUAAAUUUUGUAUAUGCGAAUAGUAAAUUUUGAUGUUAGAAAUAUUCUAAAAUAAAAGAGAAUUUUUGUUGUUGAAAAGAAGAAAAAUAAAAAGUAGAAUUACGUCAUAACAUAAGUUUUGAGGCAGGUGCCUAAGUUUAUCGAUGCUUCCCUGUACCAUGACAGAAAUAGCAGACGACAGUGCGCUUGGAUGCGCAGCAAGACUGACGACGACGACGUCGUUCAUCCGCAAGAAAGUUUUGGAUGUGAUUAAAAGAGUUUAAUAAUCGAGCUUAUAGUGUAACAAAAUCGCGAUAUUUCUAUAAAAACGAACGAAAAAUCGAUACGAACAAUGUCUGAGAUAACAGAUUUUGGUCCGAGAAAGACAAUUUUUAUAUUGGCUAUUGUGGCUGGAUGUUUCGCGGUGCUGUGGCCAAAAAUUUUUUACCCCAUGCUUACGGCGUCUGUCAACUCACACCAUUCAAAUUCUGAAACAUGCUGCGACGUAUUAUUCGAAAGUGAUGUUACUACUUUGGACAUUAUGCAAGAAAUGUGUCAAAAUAUUUUGAGACAUCAUCAAGUUGAUCCACGAUUGAAGGAUGCCUUUAAAACUAAUAAAAUGGCACCGCAAAUAGCUAACUUAUGUAGGGAAGAAGUUUUGGCAAGAUGCGGCAUAGAUCUAUCCACAUACCUAGCAGAUAAUGAACGUCUGGGAAAAACUUAUAAACAAGUUUUGGAAGAAAUCAGAUCGUUCAAUGGUUCUAUAUGCCUUAAAUUGAAUUUUGGUAUUCCAUUAUCGCAGUUGGGUACACCACAUCUCAUAAGAUAUCACAUCUUGAUGCCCCAUAGUACUAUAAGGCAAGAAAGGCGUACUCCACCUCACGCAGGAGGUCUUCAUCCAGCAUUAAGGGAACGUGGAAGAACUAUACCUUCUUCGCACAUUGUACCCAAAAUAGUCGACAGACCUGAUCAUGUAAUGCCAAAAAUGAGACCUCCUAUGGGAGGAGCUGGUCACGUAGUACCAGCGCCAAAAGGAAAUGGAACUAUGGGAGUUAUUAUGCCUCUCUAUACACUAGGCAUUGUGUUGUUCUUUUUAUAUACUAUUGUUAAGGUAUUAAAGAAGAACUCUGAUAGUGAGAUUAUAUCAGAAUAUCCAGGAGCAGCUGCCGAGAAAGAAUUUCGAAAAAUGGUAUUUAAUCCGGAUUUACUUGCUAGUGCGAUGACAGGAGGUACAAUGCAUUACCAAAAAGAACAAUCGCCUUAUAAACCUGCUCCAACCAUAGAGGAGUUGAACAAUCAAGCGGCAGGAGACAUAGAGAUAGAUCAGCUGAGACGUCGUUUGGACGAGACGGAAGCAGCCAUGGAAAGAAUUGUUGUUCAGAUGGGCAACAUAUCACGUUCAGUAAUGCAUAGCCCAAGCUCACAGCCAGAAAUCAAGGAAGACUCUACUGUCCAAGAAAAUUAUAGUAACGAAGAUCAAGAAGUAGAAAGCAUAGAACAAUCGCCAACAGUUAAAGUUAUGGGCAUGGAAAUGACUGCCAGCUGUGAGGGUGGACAAAAAUGUAGUAGACCUACCACCCCCAUUAUACCCCCGCCCCAUAGUCACACUGAGAGGGAGAAGACACCACCGGUACCAAUUUAUUUAGAAGGUGCUCUACCUUCGCAAUGUGAAUUACUUGUUACGGAUUCGGAAACUCAAGAACAAAAAACAGAGGAAAGUUCUGAAGCACCCAUAAUUCUCUCAGGCAAAAUGACACUAUCUCUCAUCAGUCUCGACCAAAUUGCAGCUGUAAGAAAAUAUUAGAAUUCAGCAGAAUCAAAUGAAACCGCGGAGCCUUGUUUUAUUUGGAAUCUGGAGAUGAAAAUGAAAUAAUGGAAGAAACAGAAAGUACUUCCGAUAUAAGAUCAAUGAAUGAAAAUGAACGCGAAGCAAAAGCGCAAGAAAUAACGAUGAGUAAUGAAGAACAAUUGAAUGAUUUGGAGAAAGAAUUACAAUUUAAAUCUAAUUUGAAAUUAUAUAGCUCUGAUGAAAACGAAGAUGAAGAAGAAGAAGAGGAACAAGAAGGAGAAGCAGAAGAAGAAGAAGAAGAAGAAGAAGAAGAAGAAGAAG